AACAACAUCAGAUCUCACAGGCAAUUUCAAGUCUCAGUGACUCCGAGUCUCAAGUCUCCAUCGCCAAUAUCGUCUUGACUGGCAAAUCGAUCACACAAACACACACUCUCUCUCUCUCUCUGAAUUAUCAUGUCUUUCCACGUCUCUUGUUCUAAUUUUCAGGUUAAGGACUAAGAGGUUGAAGAGGAAAGGGCGUCGCAGAAAUGACAGGGGUUGAUGAAAAUCUGGUGGAGAAAAUCCUGUCAACUCUGCCUCCCAAGGCUCUGAUGCGAUUCAAAUGCGCCUCUAAAGUGUGGUAUGCGCUGAUCAACGAUCCCAGGUUCGUAGCUAAGCACCUCUUCAAUUACAAUUACAAUUCCAAUUCCAAGCUUCUGCUCUUUAUGAAGAGGCGUUUAGUCUCCGAGGACAUCAAGGACACUGCUAAUGAGAUUACAGAAGAAGUAGAAGGACAGCUAGAGUUUUCGUUGCUUAAUUUAUGCAAUAAUGAUGAUGAUAUUGAUAAUGGUGAGGACAGCAUUAUUAUCUCUAGUGUCGAGGACAUCAAGAUUCCUCUUUGUACGAGUCUAAAGACUAGAGGCGAAGCAGUUCAUAUUGUAGGGCAUUGCAAUGGAAUCAUCUGUCUAGUUCUAGGAGUUGUAGCUAAUUCUUUUCAGCUGCUUUUAUGGAACCCAGCAAUUCAGGAAUUCAAGCUUCUUCCCCCCCGUCCAUACCUUCAAGAUGUUGAUUGGGAAAGAUCUCUGUGGUUCAAGUAUGUUCACGGGUUUGGAUAUGAUCCUAAAUUGAACGAAUAUAAAGUUGUUAGCAUUGGACUAGUUUAUCCAGAUGAUUUUAGGGAUGAUGGAUAUGUUAUUCAUCAUCCUCCAAAACCAGCAAUAUACACUUUGAGUACUGAUUCUUGGAAAGAGAUCAAAACCAAUGCUUUCGAAACAGAAACCACUCUCCUUUUACCCGAAAAUUUCCAGAUUCAAUUCAAGCAAAUGUUUUAUUGGUUAGGAUAUGAGCAACAUAAGGAACUGGAUUUGUUUGAUAUAGACGAGGACUCCAUUGGGCCGGUCAUCAUUUUGUUGGAUAUUGAGAAUGAGGUAUUUCAUGAUAUCAUGUUACCUGAUAGUUUAUAUCCUCGCUAUGUCAUGUUCAAUCCCAGUCUCUAUAUUAAUGGUAUGCAACUUCGAGUGUGGAACGAAUCCCCUGCUCUUUUUGUAUUGGUUGAUAAACUUCAAGGUAUUAAACCUGAAGAAGAUGAAUCUUUUGUAAUAUGGGUGCUGGAUGAACUUGGUGGUGCUUGGACAAAACACAUGACUCUUGAACCCACAGAGAAGCCAUUGUCACUUUUGAAUACCAAUAAGAUAGUUAUAAAUGAUUUCAUGGGACUUGUACUCUCCUAUGAACUUCGUAGCAAAAGGCUUAAAGAUAUUCUGAUUCAAAACACGCCUUAUUCUCAUAUAUAUGUCCAGUUAGAUGACAUUGCAGCUGUUGUCUAUGUGAAAAGUAUAGUUUCAGUAUUGGGAGCCGAGAAGCUCCAAAGCAGAGAGAAUUCCAACGUGGCGAACUUUUCUCUACUCACGCACUUUCCAUUCAGUCCUUCAAUAGUGGACAGGGAAUCGACCUCAUAUUCAAUAUGGGCUAUCCCAUCGGAUGAUGUGUCUCUUAGGAUCAAGAAAGUGAUGGAAAGUCUCAGGGCCGAGUUCGGUGGGCCGGAGAUCGAACCACAUAUCCCUAUUGUGGUAUCUAUUCGUAUGACGUAUGAAGAUGUGCUCAACAAAUUUAGAUCUCUCCGUUCUAAAAAUCUCCAUGCAUAUCAAGCAAAAGUUGAUCUAGUGGUUACUAGAAAUUUUUAUCACCAAUGUGUUUCUCUACUCAUUGAUAAAUCCGAACAGUUAAUAUGUACAACUGAGAUAUGCAAUGACCAUUUCGGUUUACCUUCGCGAGGUUGAAAAGGAAAGGGCGUGGUAGAAAUGACAGAGGUUGAUGAAGAUCUGGUGGAGAAAAUCCUGUCAACUCUGCAUCCCAAGGCUUUGGUGCGAUUGAAAUGCGCCUUUAAAGGGUGGUAUGCACUGAUCAACAAUCCCAGGUUUGUAGCUAAGCACCUCUCCGAUUACAAUUCCUAUUCCAAUCGUCUUCUCCGUAUGAAGAAGCGUUUAGUCUUCAAGAACAUCAAGGACACUGCUAAUGAAACUGCAGAAGAAGAAGAAGAGCUAGUGUUUUCGUUGCUUAAUUUAUGCAAUAAUUAUGAUGAUAUUGAUAAUGGUGAGGACAACAUUAUUAUCUCUAGUGUCGAGGAUAUGAAGGUUCCUCUUUGUAUGAGUCUAAAGACUAGAGGCGAAGCAGUUCAUAUUGUAGGGCAUUGCAAUGGAAUCAUCUGUCUAUUUCUAGGA